GGAAGGUGGGGACCCAGAAGGGGGCUGCACCCAGGUGGGUGUCGGGUGACAGGGCCCCUCUCCUCGGGAAGGCUGGCAGACUGGUCUCCAACCACCACUUCAGUCUUUUUGAGCUCCCACCAGGUGGGCACGGCCCCCGGCACGCCCGCCAAGCACCAUGGACUGGAAGACGCUGCAGGCCCUCCUGAGCGGCGUGAACAAGUACUCCACGGCAUUUGGGCGCAUCUGGCUGUCGGUGGUGUUCGUCUUCCGCGUGCUGGUGUACGUCGUGGCCGCGGAGCGCGUGUGGGGGGACGAGCAGAAGGACUUCGACUGCAACACCAAGCAGCCCGGCUGCACCAACGUCUGCUACGACAACUUCUUCCCCAUUUCCAACAUCCGCCUCUGGGCCCUGCAGCUCAUCUUCGUCACGUGCCCCUCGCUGCUGGUCAUCUUGCACGUGGCCUACCGGGAGGAGCGCGAGCGCCGGCACCGCCAGAAGCACGGGGACCAGUGCGCCAAGCUGUACGCCAACGCGGGCAAGAAGCACGGCGGCCUGUGGUGGACCUACUUGUUCAGCCUCAUCUUCAAGCUCCUCAUCGAAUUCCUCUUCCUCUACGUGCUGCACACGCUCUGGCAUGGCUUUGGCAUGCCACGCCUGGUGCAGUGUGCCAACGUGGCGCCCUGCCCCAACGUCGUGGACUGCUACAUCGCGCGGCCCACCGAGAAGAAGGUCUUCACCUACUUCAUGGUGGGUGCCUCUGCCGUCUGCAUCGUGCUCACCAUCUGCGAGAUCUGCUACCUCAUCUUCCACAGGGUCCUGCGAGGCAUAGCCAGGAACAAGCCCCCGAAGGGCCACAGCCUCCCAUCCUCCACCAGCCGGGCCUCCACCUGCCGCUGCCACCACAAGCUGGUGGAGGCUGGGGAGCUGGGCUCCGACUCUGGCGACGACAAGAGACACGCGUCUGCACCCAGCAUGACCCCCAUCUGACCACAGGCUGGGGAGCGACGCUGGAGCUGCCAGUGGGGACAGAUGGGCAGUACUGCACGGGGGGAGGGGUCCUACAGGUGCUGGGUGCCCCCACUUUGAAUUCGCUAAUCUAUCCCGUUUCAUUUUUGGCAGAUUUUUUGAGCACUGGGCACUGUGCUGUCUACCCAGGUAUAAUAUAAGUCACACCCCAGAACUAGCGCCAGCCCUUGGGGGAGACAGACGUUGAAACAAACAAAUCAACGACUGAGUGCGAGGGGACCCCCAGGAGGCUCCCAGCAGAGCUUCCGCCUAACCCAGGAGGGAGUGAUCCGGAGAGACUACCCUGAGUACAAAAUGUUUGAGAGAGGUGAGAAGGGCUUCCUAGACGAGAAAGCGGCAGGUGUUUGCAGGUGAGAUGUUUGCCCUGGUUUGGACGCACCGGAUCAAAGGGAAUUUCAUUCCCUUGGGAGAAGCACCCAGGUUCUGGGCUGGAAAGGAAGUAGUCUCUAAGCAGUGGGAGGUCCAAAGGCCUGAGGGUGAGCUUGUGAAGCGGAGGAGGAGAUGGCUCUGUGACGCCACCUGCUGCUCGAGAUACUCGGGUGUCCUCCUGGUCCCCACUGUCCUCAGGGGAAGCCCCCUUUCGCCCAGUUCUGCUCCUCCCAGGCUCAGACAGCUUUUCUGCCGUCUUCUUGCCACAAACGUGCUCAACCUAGUGCCAGCCUCUCAGACUCUGCUGCCAGAGACUCAAGGUAGAUGUUCCUUGAAAUCAAUAAAGGCU